CAAAAAUAUUCAAAUAUGUAGGCACUUUGGCCACUUUCCUCAAUUUUCUAUUUCACAUUCCUCAGACGCCUCUCUCCUAACCCCUCUCCCGCCACCGGACAACAUACGACACUCGGUCGUACAACCCCGCCGGUGAGUGCAAUUUAUGCACGCAUAGGUAAAUAAGGAUAUUCCACGAUGCCGGAAGGAGAGCGUCAGAGGCAGAGUCGAUCUUCAACGAGUAGAGAACCGGCUAGAGGGACUCGAGUGUCGUUGAAGUUACUCUUCCGAGUCGCCUCGGUCGCCGGCGGGAUACAGUUCGGAUGGGCUUUACAGCUGUCUCUGCUCACGCCAUACGUACAAGAGCUCGGAAUCCCUCACGCGUGGGCCAGUAUCAUCUGGCUCUGCGGCCCGCUCUCCGGCCUGUUCGUUCAGCCGCUGGUUGGACUCAUCAGCGACCGAUGUACCAGCCGGUUCGGCCGCCGCCGCCCGUUCAUCCUGGGAGGCGCCAUCUUUAUCAUAGUCGCGGUGCUUAUAAUCGGUUUUUCCGCUGAUAUUGGCUGGCUCUUCGGCGAUCGAGGCGGUGUUAAGGUACGCGCAAUCGCCGCCUUCGUUGUCGGCUUUUCGCUCCUCGAUGUGGCGAAUAACGUGACUCAGGGACCUUGUAGAGCUCUUCUCGCCGAUCUUACAAAAAAGGAUCAUCGAAGGACUCGCGUAGCAAAUGCGUAUUUCUCCUUGUUUAUGGCUGCGGGUAACAUACUUGGUUAUGCAACUGGAUCAUACAGUGGCUGGUAUAAGAUAUUUCCUUUCACCCUAAAUGAUGCUUGUGCGGUCAACUGUGCAAACCUCAAGGCUGCUUUCCUCCUUGACAUCAUUUUCAUUGUAAUAGCUACAUAUAUAAGCUUAUCAGCUGUCAAAGAGGAGCCACUGAGUCCACAAUGUGCUACUGCUCAAACUGGCAUUGAUGUUGAACAGUCCACCAAUGGCCAGGAAGAACCUUUUCUAUGGGAACUCUUUGGAACUUUUAAAUACUUUCCUUCUACUGUUUGGAUUAUUCUCCUUGUCACUAUGCUGACUUGGAUUGCCUGGUUCCCAUUUACCCUCUUUGAUACUGAUUGGGUAGGUCGUGAAAUAUAUGGGGGUGAGCCAAAUGGAGCAAAUUAUAGUAAUGGAGUCAGAAUGGGCUCAUUGGGUCUAAUGUUGAACUCUGUGGUCCUUGGAUUAACUUCAGUGUUUAUGGAAAAGCUUUGUGGAAAAUGGGGGGCUGGUUUUGCAUGGGGAGUCUCUAACAUUGUUCUGUCUUUGUGCUUCAUAGCAAUGCUUGUAAUCACUGCCAUAAGGAACCACAUGGACAUUACCAUUAACGAUCCUCCCCCAAAUGGCAUUGUUAUUGCUGUGUUGAUAGUUUUCACUAUUCUUGGGGUGCCGCUAUCCAUAACUUAUAGUGUUCCAUAUGCAUUGGUAUCCUCGCACAUUGAGAACUUGGGGCUUGGCCAAGGACUAUCCAUGGGUGUACUAAAUCUGGCAAUCGUUAUACCUCAGAUAUUGGUUUCCAUUGGGAGUGGUCCCUGGGAUGAGCUAUUUGGUGGAGGCAAUUCACCUGCCUUUGUUGUGGCAGCAAUUUCUGCAUUUGCUGCUGGACUUGUGGCCAUCUUGGCUAUUCCUCGAACAAGAAUUCACAAGCAGAAGAGUCUCCCUUAGGGGUUCAUGUCUUGUUGAGGCGAUAUCUUGUUGCGGCUGGAUUCUCUUUACUUCAGCCAUUCAGGUGCUUGAUUCUUCCCAGUUGAAAAUUGCUCAAUUGAAGACUUAUAUUAAUCCAGCAUUCCAACAUUUACAGUGAGGUAUUUGGUCAUAAAUUCAUUUUAUUUCAUUUUCCAUCUAGAGAGGCAUAAAGUUUUUGUGAAUAUGGUGUCACCUCUUUGGUUUUUAUGAAAAGAGCUCUUAAACGCUGCUCUCUCUAUCAUUUGUUUAGCCAGGUUUCUCAUCACAGUUUUCUUUUUUCGAUUGUUUACUUUAAAUAUGAGUGCUUCUAUAUAUGAAGAAGCAAACAUGUCACAGCAGCAGUUGUCUGAAUAUGAGUGUAAAGGCUGUUGGUCAAUGUAAUGAAUAAAUACUGGAAAAGUUUGGUGAGUGUUUAUUUGUAUUUAUUUUCUCUUCAACCAUAGAUUGUCUUAUCUUUCGUUCAUUCUCUGGGUAUGUUUUCUUUUGUUUCCAUCCAUGGUCAGAUCAAGAUAUUUGUGUUAUUGUGCAAAUAUAUUGCUCUGUAUUAUUUCGUCAGCUUUCUAAGGUCUUUGGCUCCAGGGAUAUCCAGAAGACAGAAUGACUUUCAUUCAGACAAAUAUUUAAUGGUAGAUUCUAUGGUACCCAUAAGGUACCAUACUUUUGUUCACAUGGACCAAUGAGAAUGUAGCAGUUGAAUUAUUUAAAUCUAAAUUAAAAAUGAUAAAGUGAUGUGGUCCAAUUAAAUGAAUGAUAGGUACGGUACCCCAUUUUUUAGAAAGGUACCGGAGUUGUCACCAUAUUUAAUACUCCGUAUUUUUAUUUCCAAAAUGAAAUGUACUAAGAAGUUGGAAAAUGUGGUUGGACGAUAUGGGCAUCACAAUUCACAAAUGCAGUGGCAGAGGUGAUGCUAAAAAAUAUAUUUGUUCAGAUGGAUUAGACCUACACUUAUCAUUCAUUAGCGAGAGGUUUAAGUCCAAAUCUCCAAAAAGGUAAAUGAAGAUGAUUUGCGCACCUUUUGGCUGAGAUUAAAUAUCAAAUUUAAGUUGAAAAAGAAAAAAAGGAUUCACCAAUUUUUAACAUUUACAACCCAAAACAAUUUGUUUGGAUUCAUAAACAAAAAAUCUAAAUAAUUUCUUAUUUGACGAUUCUACUUUAUUAGCAAGGACCGAGUCUGAUUUAAUCACUAGUAGAAGGAAAAUUCAAAACAAUGCAUCCAAUGAUUCCAAACAGAUGAUCUGCUCUAAAACAGAAUAUAUGAUGUAUUGCGG